AUGUGUCAUAGCAGUUUGAUGCCCCGGUUCCAGGACAGUCCUUCCGGCGGGGCACUCGAAGCCGAACCAGAGCUAGAGCCAAAGCCAGAGCCAAAGGCAGAGCCAAAGGCAGAGCCAAAGCCACAGGCAGAGCCAAAGCCAGAGCCAAAGCCAGAACCAGAGCUAGAGCCAAAGCCAGAGCCAAAGCCAGAACCAAAGCCAGAGCCAAAGCCAGAGCCAAAUCCAGAGCCAAAUCCAGAGCCAAAGCCAGAGCCAAAGCCAGAGCCAAAGCCAGAGCCAAAGCCAGAGCCAAAGCCAGAGCCAAAGCCAGAGCCAAAGCCAGAGCCAAAGCCAGAGCCAAAGCCAGAGCCAAAGCCAGAGCCAAAGCCAGAGCCAAAGCCAGAGCCAAAGCCAGAGCCAAAGCCAGAGCCAAAGCCAGAGCCAAAGCCAGAGCCAAAGCCAGAGCCAAAGCCAGAGCCAAAGCCAGAGCCAAAGCCAGAGCCAAAGCCAGAGCCAAAGCCAGAGCCAAAGCCAGAGCCAAAGCCAGAGCCAAAGCCAGAGCCAAAGCCAGAGCCAAAGCCAGAGCCAAAGCCAGAGCCAAAGCCAGAGCCAAAGCCAGAGCCAAAGCCAGAGCCAAAGCCAGAGCCAAAGCCAGAGCCAAAGCCAGAGCCAAAGCCAGAGCCAAAGCCAGAGCCAAAGCCAGAGCCAAAGCCAGAGCCAAAGCCAGAGCCAAAGCCAGAGCCAAAGCCAGAGCCAAAGCCAGAGCCAAAGCCAGAGCCAAAGCCAGAGCCAAAGCCAGAGCCAAAGCCAGAGCCAAAGCCAGAGCCAAAGCCAGAGCCAAAGCCAGAGCCAAAGCCAGAGCCAAAGCCAGAGCCAAAGCCAGAGCCAAAGCCAGAGCCAAAGCCAGAGCCAAAGCCAGAGCCAAAGCCAGAGCCAAAGCCAGAGCCAAAGCCAGAGCCAAAGCCAGAGCCAAAGCCAGAGCCAAAGCCAGAGCCAAAGCCAGAGUCAAAGUCGGAGCCGAAGUCAGAGCCAAACAAGGAGCCAAAGCAAGAACCAAAGUCAGAGCCAAAGCCAGAGCCAAAUCCAGAGCCAAAGCCAGAGCCCAAGUCAGAGCCAAAGCCAGAGCCAAAACCAGAGCCAUAGCCAGAGCAAAAGCCAGAGCCAAAGUCAGAGCCAAAGCCAGAGCCAAAUCCAGAGCCAGAGCUAGAGCCAAAGCCAGAGCCAGAGUCAAAGCCAAAACCAGAGCCAAAGCCAGAGCAAAAGCCAGAGCCAAAGUCAGAGCCAAAGCCAGAGCCAAAGCUUGGGCGACGUCAAGCCUGCGAGUCGCAACCGCCCAUCCAUGAGGUGGACUGGACGGACACACAGCGCAUAGCGCAGUCAGGUGCCAGACGAAUAGGUACCAAGAAGACGUUCAACGCACCACCUCCCGGUUCAGUAAGAAAACGUCGCAUGUCUCUGCGACUCGGUAUGUGA